CAGUUGCAGUCGCACUGCGAGAGAUCCCCGGCGCUCGCCGUGGUCACGGGGGUGGUCACUCCUCCUGGGGGGCACUGAGCACGUGGGCACAAGGGGGGAGGGGGGGCACGGGGUGGGUGGGCACGGGAGCACAGCACGUGGGGCACGGAGGAGGAGACGCGACCCCAGACACGAGAGUGUUGAGCAAAGUUGCACUGGAACCUUGCACCUGUGGGCUUGCCUGCUGCUACUGCCGCUGUUGCUCCACCUGGUGCUGCUUGCCUGCUGCUGCCGCUGGCUCGGCGGAGAGAUAUGAACUUGAAAAGCGAUGGGGCAUUUGAUGGCCUCUCCAAAGACGAAGGACAGGUUCGAACCCUGUUUGUGAGCGGUCUCCCCAUGGACACCCACCCUCGCGAGCUGUACCUGCUCUUCAGGCCCUUCAAGGGAUACGAGGGGUCCCUCAUGAAGCCCACAACCAAGCAGCCCGUGGGCUUUGUGAUAUUUGACAGCCGAGAGAACGCGGAGGCCGCCAUGGUCGAGUUACACGGUAUGCGCUUUGACCCAGAGAGCCAGCACACGCUGCGGCUGGAGUUCGCCAAGGCGAACACGCGCACCUCGAGGCAGCGGCUGGGCUCCCCAGGGCCACUCGCGAUUCGUCUGCCGAUCCAGCUGGGACCCCAAUUCCUCACGCGGGACCCACAGGAGCUGCUGGGCCCCACGCUGAUCCCCGCCUCCAGGGAUGCAUGGAGAGCGUUCCCCCCUUUCCAGCUGUUCGCCACGGACCUGAGCCUGAGCUCGGCCUUUCACGGGGCCCCCUUGCCGGGGCUCCCGUACCCGGGUCUCGCUCCUCCUUGGCUGCAGAGCGCCCAGGCGGCUUGGGGGUCACCUGUCCUCCCAGGUGCAGCUGCGGCCGCACCCGGAGGGAGCAACUCGAGCGUGGAACAACGACCAGAGGCCGCGAGACCCCGGUUAUGGGGUUCCGAGAGUAUGGAAAACCCUACUCUCCCUUCACCGUGACCCGGGGAGGGGGGAGCCGUUUAGGGCGGGCAGCUGCUGAGGGCUCGCGUGUUGGUUGGGGGGCACCGCCAUCGUGCGCCUUGCGCUGUUGGGGGGUGGUGGUGUUCAGUGCCGGAUGAAGCUCGUGCGGGGCCUGUAGCAGCAUGAUGUUAUAAAGGGGCCCUAAAUUAAAAAAAAUAACACCCAUUAAAACACACGUUUAACUUGCAAAGUAAUUUUAUUUUUUUAUUUGCUGUACAGCGAGAUGAUACGACAAAUCGCCAACCUUAAACACCAAGUCGUUCAUUAAAGUUGGAGGCGAUAUAGUAUUAUAGUAAUAGAGUGCAAAAUCACUGAACCGAAAUGGAUAGCUUGAGAAAGUAUUUGCCGCGGGGCCCUUUAAGUGCGGGGUCCGUAGCCUUUGUAGCUACUUGUGCUACUCGGAUGAUCCGGCACAAGUGGUGGUUUCUGCUACGUGGUUGUGCGCCGUGUCGGCCUUCAGAGGCGCUCGCUAACAGCGCUCGCUUAGCCAACUCAGAGGCUCUACGAGGGCGUCUGCACGAGUCUGCGGAUUCGUGUGCGCGCGUUGUAGUACAACUUUUUUUUUAUAAGUCAAUUCCGCACGGAUUAUUUUGGUGUUCGCAAAAAUUUAAUCUUGGCGAACCCCCCCCCCCUCCAGACCCCCCUGCCCCUUUAAAGCGUGCGAGUGACUGUGAAGCCCCAAUGUAGACAGGCGAAGUUCACCCCCAGUUAGUUACUGGUGCGCGUGUGUUCCUGUGUACGCGUGCGUCGACGUGACGAGCCGACGGCCUAAACAAGGAGCUCGCUGCGACAGCACUUGCCCCGACAGUCCUGUGCAGGCUACACGGGGCAGCUUUGUAUGUUUUUGAGUGAAUUAGAAAUCAGAAUAUUUAUUUAUAAUGAGUAUGCCAGCCGCCUAUAAACCCAAGGGUGCCUGCCUCGGUCUGAUAACAAUCUGCUGCUGCUGCGCUUGUGAUUGAGAGAGAAUAAAGUUUAC